AUGUCUUCCGACCCUGCAGAACCAGUUGAAAUUAUUGGUGAUUAUUCAAAGAGUCCAAACGCUUCCAAUCGAAUCAAUAAUAUAAGUAGAUUGGCUAUUUCUCCCCCAGUUCCUCAGCCAAACGCGUUAUCAAGGUCUCAACCACAAAAAUCUGGCGUUUCACCUAAUAGAAAUCUUGCUGUAAGUCCCAAUGGAAGGCUUGCUGUAAGUCCCAAUGGAAGGUUUCCCGGGCCAAGCUCUUAUGGAUCCUUUGAACACACCGCGGAAGCUUUAGAUAUACCAAAGGAAAAAAAGGCAGAAAUUGUAAAGAAGCAUUUGGUUACACCAGAUGAUCUUGCUCGCAGCGCCGAGGCUAACAGUAGUUAUGUUGAACCUUUAUUUUCGACUUCCAUUCAACUUCCAGGUGGGGAUGCAACACACGAAGUGUAUAAAUGGCAUCAAGAUGUAGAAUCUGAACCUUUGAAACGUUCACGUUCUAAAUCCCUUUAUUUACCUCGAUCGGAACUGAGCGAUCCACACUUCUCUAACAUUCGACAACCUGGUGGAUUUCGUCGUCAUUAUGUAUCGAUGAAAGCUCAACAAGAAGGAAAGGAACCACCAAAUUUCUUCACAGAGAAUUUCAUCGAUUUUCUGACGAUGUAUGGCCAUUUUGCUGGUGAAGAUUUGUCAGAUGAUGAGGACGAGGAAGGAAUUCUUUCUGAAUAUGUGGAAGUUCCUGUUGACGAGGAAUCUCCAUUGAUCCCAAUUCCCGGCGAAGUACAUGGAACUGCCAGUCCAUCAAAAGCUGUGUUUUUACUCUUAAAAUCCUUUGUUGGUACAGGCGUAAUGUUUUUACCUAAAGCAUUUUCCAACGGUGGUAUGAUCUUUUCUACAAUAGUCUUGAUGGGUAUCGGCGGAAUAUCUCUAUUUGCAUUCCUACUUCUAGUGGAAGCGCGCCGAAAAAUUCCUUAUAGUUUUGGUGAUAUUGGUGGCGUGUUAUUUGGUAACUGGAUGAGAUAUGCUGUAUUAUUUUCCAUUACUAUUUCCCAGAUUGGUUUUGUUUGUGCGUACAUGAUAUUUGUUGCAGAGAAUCUCGCGUCAUUUACGAAAAAUGCGUUGGAUACGCAUCUUGACAUGAAGUAUUUUAUUCUUUUACAAGUCUUAUGUUUUAUCCCACUUUCCAUGAUACGGAAGAUAGCUCGAUUAUCAUUUACAGCUUUAAUAGCAGAUGCAUUCAUUUUAUUCGGAUUAAUAUACUUGUACUACUAUGAUAUCUUAACAUUGGCGAAAGAUGGGGUGCAACACAUUAAGUUGUUCAAUCCACAAGAUUUCGCUUUGUUUAUUGGGACAGCAGUCUUCACCUUCGAAGGAAUAGGAUUGAUCAUUCCAAUCACCGAGUCAAUGAAAGAGCCGGAAAAAUUCCCCAAGGUUCUUACUGGAGUGAUGAUAUUCGUCACUAUUCUUUUCACCUCUGUCGGAGUUCUCUCAUAUGCAGCUUUUGGCGACGAGAUUAAAACCGUUGUAAUACUUAAUUUGCCAUCCGAUGAUAGUGUAGUACAAAGUGUACAACUGUUGUACGCUUUAGCUAUUUUACUUUCCAUACCCUUGCAACUCUUCCCUGCGAUUAGGAUUAUGGAACAAGGAUUAUUUACGAAAAGUGGAAAAGCCGAUCCUUGGGUAAAAUGGCAAAAGAAUUUGUUUCGAGUUAUUGUUGUCAUUGCGUGUGCGUUGAUUGCAUUUGGUGGUGCUUCUGAUUUGGAUAAAUUCGCAGCAGCCGAGACAUUACGUGCUAAAAUUUUCGAUGUUACUAUGAUUCUUUUUGGAUUAACGGCCUUGAUCUACACAACUUAUAUCACUAUGAAAUUAUGGACCGAAGCAGAGAAUAGUAUGCCUUAA